GAUGCUGUUACACCCAUGUCCAACGGUGACGCUCAUUCACACGCGGAGGCGGAGAAGGCUGUUGAAAUGAACGGUCACAGCAAAGUUCACGUUGAUGGCAUUUCGGAGGAUGAGGGUUUGGUGAAGAUGGAUCACCACAAUCAGGACGGUCACGAGGCGGAGCAGGUAGCUGCCCCAGAAGGUGCAAACGAUGUGCCCGCCGAGGAGGAGGCGGAAGACGAAGUCUUCAAAGGCCACCUCAAUGCCCACGAGCUGACCAAGUCUCCGGUGCAUGAUGCCGCUGAGGUCCCGCAACACACGGGUGAUUCUUUGGUCGAUUGGGACCCACCGCAGGGUCUGCCUCCUCCUACUCACCCUUCUGCCAGAACAGCCAGAAACAGCCUAGCACCAUCGACACAGAAGGCGCAAGUAGAGGGUUACUAUGAGGCCUCCAACGUCACCCUGGGCCCCAACAAGGUCGCCUAUGACAAAUUUCGUACCACUUUUGUGGACGUCGCUUUCCUGCCGGGUGGCGGCGAUAUUCGGCUGGUGGAUGCUGAGUUCUUCAAACGUCUGCGCGCGCGUUACUAUGUUGGUACCACGAUCGCGCCGUCCGCUGACCUGCUGAAGGCUCUCAUCGUGGGGAAGGAAGCCUGGACAGUGCUUGCCAUUAUUGGGCUCAAUCUGAUGGGCGAUGGUGUCCACAGCGCCUGUCGAGCUAGCCUUUGUUUUGACUGGAGACUGGGUUAG